AUGGACCACCAGUCAAUCGAAGAAGCUGAAGUAACUGAAGGUUUUGAAGGAACGAAGGAGGCUGUAAAAUCGGUAACACUUGAAAGCUACGGAGAAAGUGAGAUGGAUAUUCAUAGCGAUAAAAUUGUGUGUGUUAAAGCUUCUGAUGAAUUGUUUACAGAUCAAAUCAAAGAAGAAAUAAAGGAAUGUGAGUUCAACAUCAUUGUUGAUAUUAAGGAUGAAAUAGAAAAUGUGGAAGAAGAAGGGAUUAAAAUACAACCAACAAUUGUAUGUGAGUCACUUCCACCACCACCACCAGCAAUUGACAUUCAAGCCAAAAAAAUUGCCGCAUCAAAAGUUAAUUUGAAAACAGUGAAAAAGCCUAGAGGACGGAGGGGUCGUAAACCUAGACCUAUUUUGCCCAUGACCCGUCCCAUAGCUUCUGCGAGUACUUCACAUUUGGAACAGGCCUCAACUCAACAUCAGUUAAUUGUGCCUUCAACACAAAUGCCUGGGAUUGCUUAUCAAAUUUUUCUGGGUGAUAAUGUAAAAGACUCAAACAAUCCAGUUCAAUAUACAAUGUUACAGCCACAACCAGUAUUUUUGCAACAAACCCCAACAUCUGUUAGCAAUACUUCACCAGUGGUGAUAAGCCAAUCUUAUCCAAUGACUCGAUCCCAGGUUCUAGGUCCUAAAAUUCCUCAAAUCGCUCCCCAAAUUAUCAGUCCAGGUUAUUGUUCAUUUUGUUACAAACAUUUUAAAAAUCUAAAUGAACAUGUUAAAGAGUGUUGGGCUAAUCCAGAAAGUAAAAGCUAUAAGUUCAGAAAAAUUGCUCCGGCUACGUCUUAA